CAGAUGGGAAAAGACGCACCGCUCGUCUAUUGGACCAGACGCAGAGUGGGCGCACGUUAGCGCCUACCCAGGCUCGAAGACUGUGCGUUUUUUUUUCUCUCUCUCUCUCUCUCUUCUCCCGGACAGGAGACAAGAGGGUCCGAGACACCUGUCAGGAGGACUACUCAUCCAGAAGCUGCAUGUGAGGCGACCGGAGGCUGCGUGUUUGGCCAUGGACGCGCUCUUAUCGUUAUUAUAAGCUGUCCACGGAGCGUAAAGUUAAUCCUCCUUUUUCUUCCUUUGUGUUACAUUCUCUUUCUUUUAUUUUUAUUUUUAAAUAUCCUCCAAGCCGCAUGAGUUCGCCGCUGUUUUUAGGUCAGCUGGUCGGGGUUCCGUUAGAAAUCAUGCACCCCACCAUGGAGAAAGACACAACUUACACCAAGAUCUUUGUCGGAGGCCUGCCUUACCACACCAACGACGCUUCACUUCGGAAAUAUUUCGAGACUUUCGGGGACAUCGACGAGGCGGUGGUGAUCACGGACAAACAGACGGGAAAAUCCCGAGGAUACGGCUUUGUGACCAUGGUGGAUAGAGGGGCGGCAGAGCGAGCGUGCAAAGAUGCAAACCCCAUCAUCGACGGCAGGAAGGCCAACGUGAACCUGGCCUAUCUGGGAGCGAAGCCUCGCAGCUCACAGACCAGUCUUUCUGUUGGAGUUCAGCAAGUCCAUCCUACAUGGGCUCAGAGGCAAUAUGGGCUGGCCCAGCAGUACGUCUACCCCCAGGCCUUCCUCCAGCCCAGCCUCCUGCUGCAGUCUCAUCUCAGUCCCACAGCGGCAGCCCUCACAUCCCCCUACCUGGACUACAGCUCGGCCUACGGCCCCUACGCCCCCACAGGGCUGGAGCAGUACCCCUACACCCCCUCGCCGUCGCCCUCCGCUGGCUACCUCAGCUACAGCUUCUCCCCCGGUACGCCAGCACCGGCUCUCACCGUCCCCGACCCUCCAGCUGCCAUCCACCCUCCUCUGGCUGCGCUCACCACUGUGUCGGCCCCGCAGGCCUUCCUCCACUACCCUCUGCACCAGCCCGACCGCAUGCAGUGAGCCGAGCUGCGGCCGCCGACCUGAUGAUUCAAAACAGCCUGACUGUUGACCUGUGACAUCAUCAGGGAGAGACUGGAUCAGAGAGUGUGAUGUAAUCAAAAGGGCUUUUCGAGAGCACUCUCAUUCCUGUUUUUUAUAUAUAUAUAUUAUUGUUGUAAUAGGUAACAAAAGAUGUUCUACUGCUAUUGUCAUCAGCAUACACUGAAUGUUUUUCAUAAAUGGCAGCGGUUGGGGACUGGAAUCAGACGACUGGUAAUCUUCUGGAUGUCUCGCUCUUACCGCUGAGUUUGGAGGCACGCGGGUAAAGACAAUGGGAAAUAUGUCUGUUUGACAUGAUGCUGUGGCUGCAGUUUCUCCACAGGUACUGAGCUGAAUGCUGGACUUAAGCCAAGCUGAGAGCCAGUUCCUCUUCGAGAAACACAGGUCCAAUUACCUCCUCCUCAAGGUUACCUUUCUGUCUAUGGCCUUAGAUUUCUCUCUCUGUACCUGGUUCCGUUUGUCAUUUUUAUUAGUCUCUGUGUCAGAUGAACAAAAUGUUUAUUGUACUCCCUUUAUUUCCUUUCAUUUACUGCUGGCAAGUUAUUACAUGGUGAUUAUCACAGAAUAUGCAAUAUUGACGACAGUGGAUGAGCAUGAAUAAGGUAGACAACACUGGUAUAUUGUUUUUUUUUUGUAUUGCGACUGCAAGGCCAUUACUCAGAGAACAACUUUAACACUUAAAACACAAGAUUCAUCACAUGGAUUUCCUGUAGCUGCGUAUUAGGCUUUCGAGACCGCAACGUUUGGAACAGGAGUGUCUUUGGAUUCGGACUUUGGGCACUGUUCAGUUUUGUGAUAUUUAGUUACAUAGUUGUCGAUACAUAUCAAGUAAAUGUGUUCCAGAAGUGUGUGUGUGUGAGUGAGUGUGAGUGCGUGUUUGCUGUCUGUGUGUGUGAGAGUAAGCGAGAAAUAGAGCGAUGCAGUAAAUGCCAGUGUCAGGACGAAGCUCCUUUUCCAGCCACUUGUACUGGUCAGAGUUGUUUCUUUGUCUUUUCCCAGCUGCCGAAUACUGAUACUGGAGUCUCUUGGUGCCGUGGCGCCAUUUAGUAGUCUUAACACAAGCCAUACAUCACAUUUUAAACAAAUAUGCAAAAUAAAAUGAAUAUUUCUAAAUGAGA